CGAUUAAACCUCAGGCUGUGGUGAAAACUGAAGAACCGACCAAAGCAGAAAAACCUGCGGUGGUAGAGAAGAGAUCUCCUCCGACAGAUGAAACCAAAGGACCCGUCCAGGCACCAGGAGGAGUACAGAAAGAGGGCCAACCAGCAGAGGAAGCAGGAAGAGGUCGAGGCCGAGGUCUGAAACCCAAGCAGACCCCGUCUCCUGGAGAAGGGCGGGGCCGCGGCCUGAGGCCUGGUGGAAAAGGUCCAUCCCCUCCAGAGGAUCCCUUCGGAGGGUUCAAGCUGAAAGCCGUCCCUCUGAAGUUCAUCAAGAAGCUUCAGGACAUUGUGUUGCAGGAAGCAGAGUCCAUCGGCUCGUCAGCUGUCUUUGAGUGUGAGGUCUCACCUUCCACUGCCAUCACUUCCUGGAUGAAAGACGGCAGCAACCUGCGCGAGAGCCCCAAGCACAAGUUCACCUCUGACGGCAAAGAUCGCAAGUUGAACAUUAUUGAUGUUCAGCUGUCCGACACUGGUGAAUACAGCUGUGUGGCCAAGAACGCCGGCAAAGAAAUAACGUGCACAGCCAAGCUCAUCGUUGAAGAGUUACCUGUGAAAUGGAUCAAGGAGCUGGAGGAGGAGACUUCAGCUCUGAAGGGUCAGCCCAUCUACAUGACCUGCGAGCUGAACAAAGAGAGAGAUGUGGUGUGGAAGAAGAAUAACCAGGUCCUCAAGAAAAAGGACAACAAGAUUCAGAUCAAUAUCAUCGGGAUGCAGCACGCCGUGACCAUCCAGAACAGCGCAGAGGAGGACACUGGUUCUUACUCGUGUGAAGUCGCCGGUCAGGAGGACGUCAAGACCACGACAAACGUCAAAGUGAUCGAAAUCAUCAAAGAUUGGAUCGUGAAGCCGCUGAGAGACCAGCACGUCAAACCGAAGGCGGCUGCCACGUUUAAAUGUGAGCUGUUCAAGGACACUCCCAACUGGAAGUGGCUCAAAGGAGAGAACGAGAUCAGCCCCUCGGACAAGGUCGAGAUCAAGAAGGACGGAAAAGAGCUGAUGCUCACCAUCAAGAACUGUCAGCCUGAUGACGUGGCAGAAUACGCCAUGGAGGUUGAGGGACGCGUCUACACGGCCAAGCUCACAUUAGGAGAGCGGGAGGCUGAGAUCCUGAAGCCGUUGGCGAGUGUGGAGGUGACGGAGAAGGACGAUGCCAUGUUUGAGACGGAGAUCUCUGAGGAUGACGUUCCAGGGGAGUGGAAACUGAAAGGAGAAGUUCUGACCAGAUCCCCGACGUGCGAAAUCCACAUGGAAGGGAAAGUUCGUAGACUUACGCUGAAGAACUGUCAGCUGGAUCACGCUGGAGAAGUUUCAUACCAGGCGCUGAACGCCAUUACCAGCGCAAUGCUCAACGUCAAAGAGCGCGACAUCAAGGUGGUCCGCCCGCUGUACAGUGUCGAGGUUACAGAGACAGAGACGGCCAAGUUUGAGACAGAGAUUUCUGAGGAGGACCUUCACGCCACCUGGAAACUGAAAGAAGAGACACUCCACCCAUCCGCCGACGUGGACAUCAAGGAGGAGGGAACUCGACACAUCUUGAUCCUCUUCAACUGCAGGAAGGACAUGGCGGGAAGCGUCGACUUCGCAGCAGCAAACGCCAAAUCCUCAGCUCAGCUCAGGGUCAAAGCCCGAGUGAUCAGCCUGGCGAAGCCUCUGAAUGAUGUCACCGUGACUGCAGGAGAGACCGCCACCUUCGAGUGCGAGCUGUCCUACGAAGGCAUCGCUGUCGAGUGGCUGCUGGGGGGUACGAAGCUGGAACCGAGCGACAGAGUGGUGCUGAAGGCCGAAGGUAAAGUCCACAGUCUGACUCUGCGAGACGUUCAGCUGAAUGAAGCCGGACAAGUCAAACUCACAGCCAAAGAGUUCCAGGCGGAGGCGUCGCUCACUGUCAGAGAACCGGGGGUGGAGUUUACGAAGCCUCUUGAGGACCAGACAGUGGAGGAGGAAGCCACCGCUAUGCUAGAAUGUGAAGUGUCCAGAGAGAACGCAGAGGUCCGAUGGUUCCGAGACGGACAAGACAUCAGGAAGACCAAGAAGUAUGAGAUGAUCGUCGAUGGCCUCAAGAGGGCGCUGCUCAUCCACGACUGCACUCUGGACGACUCCAGGACGUACACCUGUGACGCUAAAGACUUCAAAACCUCCUGUUUCCUCAACGUUGAACCUCCUCAUGUCGAGUUCUCAAAGCCGCUCCAUGACGUCGAGGUCAAAGAGAAGGAAUCUGCCCGGUUUGAGUGUGAAUUGUCCAGAGAGGACGUCAAAGUCCGCUGGUUUAAGGAUGGAAGUGAAAUCAGAAAGGGGAAGAAGUAUGAAAUUAUCGCUCAAGGUUGCCAACACAUCCUCAUCGUCCACAAGUCUGUGUUUGAUGAUGAAGCUGAAUAUGAAUGUGACGCCAAGACGUCCAAAUCCUCCGGCAUGCUCACUGUCGUCGAGGAGGAGGCGAGAUUCACCAAGAAUCUGUCUAACGUGGAGGGGACAGAGACGGACAGCGUGAAGCUGAUCUGCGAGGUCUCCAAACCCAGCGCUGAUGUCACCUGGUACAAAGGAGACGAGGAGCUGCCAGAGGGCGGCCGCCACGAGAACAUCGUGGACGGUAAGAGGAGGAUCCUCCUCAUCCAGGACCUGAAGAUGGCUGAUGGUGGCGAGUAUAACUGCAGACUGAGUCCCAGCAUCAAGACCUCCGCAAACCUCAAGAUUAAUGAACUGGCGGCUGAGUUCAUCUCCAGGCCUCAAGGCCAGGAGGUGGUGGAGGGAGAGAAGGCGGAGUUCACCUGCUCCGUCUCCAAGGAAACCUACGAAGUCAAAUGGCUGAAAGACGACAAGGAGCUGGAGGCAGGAGACAAAUACCAGAUGGUCAGCGACGGCAAGCGGCGAACACUGGUCAUCAAGAACAGCGAGCUGAAAGAUGAGGGUGGAUACGUGGUGAUGAUCGGAACGACCAGAGCCAGCGCAGACCUCACGGUGCUCGAGAAACUGAAGAUCAUCACGCCGCUGAAGGACACGGAGGCUAAAGAAGGUCAGGAGGUCGUCCUGAACUGUGAAGUGAACACGGAGGGAGCAAAGGCCAAGUGGCUGAAGAACGAGGAGACAUUGUUUGAGAGCAGCAAGUACCUGAUGGUCCAAAGAGACAAUGUCUUCUCUCUGAGGAUCAGAGAUGCUCAGAAGGGAGAUGAAGCCAACUACAGCAUCAACCUGACCAACCAGAGAGGAGAACAGGCCAAGAGCUCAGGCAACCUCACCGUCAAAGAGGAGAGUCUGAGGAUCGUGGUUCCUCUGGAGGACAUCGACACUCAGGAGAAGAAGACCGUUAGCUUCUCCUGUAAGGUCAACAGGCCCAACGCCACGCUGAAGUGGAUGAAGGCCGGGGAGGAGAUCGCCUUCAACAAACGAGUCGUUUACAGAGUCGACAAAGACAAGCACACGCUCACCAUCAAAGACUGCACGCUGGCUGACGAGGGCGAGUACACCGCCGUGGCUGGAGACAACAAGUCCACAGCGGAGCUGAUCAUCAGCGAGGCGCCGACAGAUUUCAGCAUGCAGCUGAAGGACCAGACAAUCACCGAGUUUGAGGACGCAGAGUUCUCCUGUAAACUGACCAAAGAGAAAGCAGAAGUCAAAUGGUACAGGAAUGGACGUGAGAUCAGAGAAGGACCCAGAUACACGUUUGAAAAAGACGGAAAGAUUUGCACGUUACGUAUCAAAGAGUGCAGACCUGAUGAUGAGUGUGAGUACGCCUGUGGUGUGGAUGAGAAGAGGUCCAGAGCCAGACUCUUUGUUGAAGAGACGCCGGUGGAGAUCGUCAGACCGCCACAGGACGUGUUCGAACCCCCGGGCUCGGACAUCGUGUUCGAGGUGGAGCUGAACAAGGACAGAGUGGAGGUGAAGUGGUUGAGGAACAACAUGACGGUCGUCCAGGGAGACAAGUACCAGAUGAUGAGCGAGGGUAAAGUCCACAGACUGCAGGUGUGUGAGAUCAGACCUCGAGACCAGGGCGAGUACAGAAUCAUUGCCAAGGACAAAGACGCAAAGGCCAAGCUGGAGCUGGCAGCUGUGCCUCAGAUAAAGACCACAGACCAGAGCUAUGUCACAGACGCUGGGAAGCCCAUCGUCAUGGCCGUCCCUUACAGCGCCUACCCGCAGGCCGAGGCCGACUGGCUCUACGACAACCUGAGUCUGCCCAAAGACGACAUCUACACCUCCACCGACCGCACAGAGUAUCGACUGAAGGACCCCAAGAAGUCGGACCAGGGCCGCUACAAGAUCACGAUCAAGAACAAACAUGGAGAGGGAGAAGCCUUCAUCAACCUCGACGUCAUUGACGUCCCCGGACCUGUGAAGAACCUGCAGGUGAUCGAUACCGCAGAUGGUGAGGUAAGCCUGGCAUGGGAGGAGCCUGAGAGCGACGGCGGCAGCAAGGUCAUUGGCUACGUGGUGGAGAGACGCGACGUGAAGCGAAAGACCUGGACGCUGGCAACAGAGCAGGCCGAUAGUCCUGAGUACACGGUGACCGGCCUCCACAGAGACUCCAUGUACCUGUUCAGAGUCUGCGCCCGAAACCGGGUUGGCAGCGGACCCAUCACAGAGACCGACAAACCCGUACAGGCCAAGAACAAGUUCGAUGUUCCCGAAGCCCCUUUGAAUGUGAUCGUGGGAAAUGUCUCAAAGUUCGGCUGCACCGUCUCCUGGGAGACUCCCGAGUCGGACGGAGGCUCUCCCAUCACCUCUUAUGUCAUCGAGCUACGUGACCGCACGUCAGUGAAGUGGUCGCCCGUCCAAGUGACCAAAGCUGACGAGCUCAGCGCAAUCAUAAACGAUGUCAUCGAGAACAAAGAGUACAUCUUCAGAGUCAAAGCCGAGAACAAAGCCGGCGUCGGCAAACCCAGCGCCGCCUCACAGCCCGUCAAGAUCAUGGAUCCCAUUGAGCGUCCCAGUCCCCCUCUGAACCUGUGCUGGCAAGACCAGAACAAGAGCUCGGUGCAGCUCACCUGGGAGACUCCUCUGAGGAACGGAGGUAGCAUGAUCACCGGUUACAUAAUUGAACGCUGUGAGGACGGCACCGACAAGUGGCUGCGCUGCAACGCCCGCCUCUGCCCCGACCUCUUCUACAAGGUGUCUGGUUUGAAAUAUGGAACCAAGUACAACUACAGAGUGUUUGCUGAAAACGCAGCCGGCGUCUCUGACCCAUCAAACGUCAAUGGACCUCUGUUAGCUGACGACCCACAUGUCGGUCCGACCUUUGACCUUAGUGCUUUCAAAAAUGGCCUGGAGGUCAUCGUCCCUCAGCCUCUCACCAUCAGAGUCCCCAUCUCCGGAUACCCUACCCCCGUCGCCAAGUGGACCUUCGGAGAGAAGGAGCUGACCACUGCCGAUGAGCGAAUCAGCCUGAUGACCAAGUCCACCUUCACGGAACUGAUAGUCACACCCAGCGUCCGCCCGGACAAAGGCAUCUACGUCCUGCAGCUUGAGAACGACGUCACAUCUGUCUCUGGAGAGAUCGAAGUCAACGUCAUCGCUGCACCUAGUGCUCCGAAGGACUUCAAGGUUCUGGAGGUGACACGGCAGCACGUCCACCUGAGCUGGGAGGCGCCCGAACAUGAUGGAGGAAGUCCUCUGACAGGCUACCAGGUGGAGAAACGAGACGUGUCCCGCAAGACCUGGGUCAAGGUGGCCACAGGAGUCCAGGAUCAGGAGUUUACUGUCACUGACGUGGUUGAAGGGAAGGAGUAUCUGUUCAGAGUCACCGCCUGCAACAAGUGUGGACCAGGAGAGCCGGCGUACAUCGACGAACCCGUCAGCGUCUCCUCUCCUGCCACUGUGCCCGAUCCUCCAGAGAACCUGAAGUGGAGGGACAAGUCUGCCAGUGGCAUCUUCCUGACCUGGGAGCCACCAAAGUAUGAUGGCGGCAGCGGCAUCCGAGGCUACAACGUUGAUCGCUGCCAGAGAGGAACAGAUAAGUGGGAGCCCUGCGGGGACCUGGUGCCUGAGCUGAAAUGCCAGGUGACCGGUCUGAUCGAGGGCCAGUGGUAUUCUUACAGAGUCCGAGCCUUGAACGGACUCGGAGCCGGCCGACCCUGCAAGGCCACAGACGAGAUACAGGCCGUUGAUCCAAAAGAACCUCCAGAGAUCCAGCUGGACGCCAAGCUCCUGGCCGGUCUGACAGCCAAAGCUGGCAGCAAGAUCGAACUCCCCGCUGAAGUAACAGGUAAGCCCGAGCCCCGGGUGAAGUGGACCAAGGCCGACCUGGUCCUCAAAGCAGAUGACAGAGUUUCCAUUGAUACCAAGCCGGGACACUCAACUGUCACUAUCGCCAAGACCAAGAGAGACGAUAGCUCAACCUACAUUAUUGAAGCCACCAACAGCAGUGGCCGUGCCACAGCCACCGUCGACGUCAACAUCCUCGAUAAGCCUGGUCCUCCAGCUGCCUUCGACAUCUCUGAGAUCACCAACGAAUCCUGCUUCCUGGCCUGGAACCCUCCACGUGAUGACGGCGGCUCCAGAGUCACCAACUACAUUGUAGAGCGCCGAGCUGCCGACAGCGAGAUCUGGCACCGUCUUUCCUCCACCAUCAAACAGACCACAUACAAAGCCGUGGGUCUGGUCAAGUUCAAGGAGUAUAUCUUCAGAGUCUUCGCUGAGAACCAGUUUGGUGUUGGUCCAGCGGCUGAACAUCCGUCCAUCAUCGCCAGAUAUCCCUUCGACACUCCCGGAGCUCCUUACAAACUGGAGCCUUCGGACAUUGCCAAGGACUCUCUGACUCUGACCUGGUACGAGCCUGAUGAGGACGGAGGAAGCCCCAUCACAGGAUACUGGGUGGAGAGACACGAACCUGACCACGACAAGUGGAUCAGAUGCAACAAGCUGCCGAUCAAAGACACCAACUACAGGGUCAAAGGUCUUCCCACCAGGAAGAAAUACAAGUUUAGAGUCCUGGCUGAGAAUCUGGCUGGAACUGGAAAACCCAGCAAAGAGACCGACCUGAUACUCGUCAAAGAUCCUAUCG